GCCAUUACAUCCGAGGUCGUGCUGGCGUCAGAGACAAGUGAACGGUGUAUGUUGUCGCUCGGUGGGGGUGGCCCGGUUGGUUGCGCACAUGAUCGUGAAUGGUGGUAUGCGUGGUAUGAUCGCAGGAUCUAUGGACGAGUGCGAUGGUCCGGGCUGCACAUGCGAGCCCAAAAGACCGGCGGGGAUAGGUCCCUUCCACCCUCUAUGCUAGUUUCAGCUGAGCCUCUCCAAGUAUUCAGAGUCAGCUACUAUAGACGGCGAAGAAGAACUGCAGCAGAUAAGGUGUAGAUGUGUUGUUCACGUGGGUGAUAUGGUAUAUCUUUCGUCCACGCAGGCCUCUUUUGCUAUUUUCUCAGUGUGGAAUUAUGCCCUGGAAAGCGGCCUGAACUGGCCACAAACUAACUUUUGCGGCUACUUUUCCAGACCCUUGGUCUUGCCUGUCUUACACUGCAGGUCGCGAAUGUACUCGACCACCGGCUGUUUUUUCUAUACGACUUCUCACUCGUGGAUGGUCUGCAGUCAUUAAAGUAUACUUGAGAGUUCUCAGAUCUAGGAGCAAUUUCCUGCCACUAGAUCUCGAGUCGACCGAGU